AUGUUGCUCCUCCUAGCCAUACUCCCGCUGCUCCAAAUCAGUGUCGACGCACAAGUUCAAGAAUGCCAUCUCGAAAAUUCACUACGAAAAUUGUAUGAGAAGUUCAUGCAUAAUGCCAACCCAGGAUUGAUAUGGAAUGAUUUCAUGUCGAAUCAGGCUCUGGAUGAAGUACUUGUGCCAGGAAGUGUGAUGAAGCCUGGUGCACCUUAUCUUGCAAUCAACGGUACAAGAACUUUCGAAAAAGACGACAAAAUGUCAUUAGAAGAAAAAGUGUCCAAAACCCUUGGCCGGUUUCUGAAGCACUACAGCCAGGUAAGUAAUUGA